ACCGGUUGCUGUUGCUCGUUGACACGUCACUUCUUUUUGUACAGCUGUCAAAAUGGUAAACAAGGAACAGGUGAAGAGGGACAUAAAAGAGCUCUGCAAAAAUGACAAGUACUCCAUCCUACUUCCCACCUACAACGAAGUGGAGAACCUACCGAUAAUAGUAUGGCUUAUCGUGAAAUACAUGGAGGAGAGAAAUCAAUCACAUGGAUGCGUGAAAAAAAUCAUCAAGUGAAAGAAAAUGUGCGACAUUACAGCGAGCUCGCCUAUGAGGUCAUCGUGAUUGAUGAUGGUUCUCCAGACGGAACUCUUGACGUGGCGAAACAAUUGCAACGCGUUUAUGGCGAGGACAAGAUAGUCUUGAAACCCAGAGAGAAGAAACUAGGUCUGGGGACCGCGUACAUGCACGGGAUCAAAUACGCGACCGGGAACUUCAUCGUUAUCAUGGACGCCGACUUGUCCCAUCAUCCUAAAUUCAUCCCGAAAAUGGCAGAGCUGCAGCGGUACCUCGACCUGGACGUAGUUAGCGGCACCAGGUACGCGCAAGGCGCCGGUGUUUAUGGCUGGGACUUCAAGAGGAAAUUAGUCAGCAGGGGUGCAAAUUUCCUGACACAGAUCCUGCUGAGGCCUGGCGCAAGCGAUCUCACCGGUAGCUUCAGGCUUUACAAAAAGGACGUGCUGGAGAAGUUGAUACAGUCGUGCGUAUCGAAGGGAUACGUGUUCCAGAUGGAAAUGAUAGUAAGAGCUAGGCAACUCAAUUGCACGAUAGGAGAGGUGCCAAUUACAUUCGUGGACAGGGUGUAUGGGCAGUCAAAAUUAGGUGGUUCAGAAAUCUUCCAGUUUGUAAAAGGUCUAUUGUAUCUCUUCGCCACUACGUAACCGAACAUACUUGCAACACACACACACACACACACACACGUACACACAAAACAUUCCUUUAAAUAAAUAAAAAUCCUGUUCCUCCCUUAGGAUAAUGUCGACCAUCCUGGUCACACAUAUUUCAGAUUUUCUAUUAAUUUAAACCAAUGUCGAUAUAUAUUUAAAAGUAUAAUAAUGUUUUUCUAAAAAUAAAUUAUUACGAUACUAUUUUAUAUAGUGUUAAUUAUGCUUUUGAAUUCAAAAGCACGUUUGCCGCAAAAAUGACCUAAUCGUGACGAGUGCCUUGAAUACUCGGACAAAGCAUGUACGUCUCUCGGAGUCUCCUUAAAAGUUGACGGUAUCCCGUCAUUAAAUCAUGCCGGAUUAUCAUGCAAAUAUUUUCAUGCAAUAUUUGCAUGGGGUAUGUACUUUUGCGC